UCGGAUGAUCUUUGAGGUCCUUUUCAACCCAGGCCAUUCUAGGAUUCUGCGUUUUUUUCACAGCCCUUAACUGUAAUGGUCGGGAUACUCAAGAGUUGGAAGAGCAGUGCACAGAAUAUUUCUUUGAGCCGUCAGCAUCCUGGAUAAAAACAACCCAUCCACUGGCAGACAGACCAUCAAAAACAAAGCAGCAAUAACGAGCUGUCACCACCUUGGGUGCCAGUUAGCUUUAGACCCAUGGGCACUGGAACAUGGAAUGCUUCAGAGACGGAUUUGGCUUGUUCCCAGUCUUUGUUUGUUACCAGAAUUCACAAAUGCUGUCUUUUGAUCUCCUACCAUGAUUUUUUAGGGGCGUGGUUGUGCCUCCACUUGAGUAGUUGCUUUUCCUCUGCUAACCCUGAGGUGCCUUUCAUCAUCUCCGUUUUCUGGCAUAGGAAGUCUCAAUCAGGGAAUAGCAGCUACUCUUCUUCUUGCUUGUUUUGGAUACAGUUAUAGGUCACUGAAAUUAAGUACUGAUUAUAUCAGCUUUGGGUUACUGGGCCUAUAGUGCUUUUCAACCUGCAGGACGUGACCAAAACUGAAAAUGGGAUCAGUGUGAUUUCUAAUAGCUCAGUGGUUCUAUGGGGGUUUGCUCCUUACAUUGUCUUAGGCUGGUGGGUACUGACCAGAUGCCUCUCUGCAGUGAUAGUACAUUGGAGAUGGUUAAGGGGCUGUGUUCACUCAUGUCUGAGCAACUGGCAUCAUCGGUAUCAAUGAAGCAGAGUGAUGGCUUUCAUCAGUAGGACAAGUCCUACGGAAGAUUGCAGUAGUCUGGGAAAAAUAUACCCCAUGGCCUCUUUUGUCUAAAUUGUUGCAUUUUAAAUUAAGAUAAAUCAAGUCUUCACACUUCUGUAGACAGGAGAUUAUGUGACCAACCCAGUCGCCUUAAGACUAUGUAUCUGGUAGGGAUUUAGUAUCUGCUCAGUGGCAAACAUGCUGAAGACAAAUAAUGCACAUCUGCAAGAGUUUACUUUGUGGAUGGGAGUUGCAUUUCCUUCUCAGCAAUGCUGGAUGUUUCAGGAUCCUAAUUAUCUCAUGGCUAAUGAACGCAUGAACCUGAUGAACAUGGCAAAACUGAGUAUCAAGGGGUUGAUCGAAUCAGCGCUUAAUCUGGGCAGGACGCUGGACUCUGACUAUGCACCUCUUCAGCAGUUCUUCGUUGUGAUGGAACAUUGCCUUAAACAUGGCUUGAAAGCCAAAAAGACUUUUCUUGGGCAAAAUAAGUCAUUUUGGGGACCUUUAGAACUGGUAGAAAAACUUGUUCCUGAAGCUGCAGAGAUUACAGCAAGUGUUAAGGAUCUCCCAGGUCUGAAGACACCUGUGGGUAGAGGAAGAGCUUGGCUUCGCCUUGCUCUAAUGCAGAAGAAACUUUCAGAGUACAUGAAAGCCUUGAUUAACAGAAAGGAUCUUCUCAGUGAAUUUUAUGAGCCUAAUGCACUGAUGAUGGAAGAAGAAGGUGCAAUCAUUGCUGGCCUCCUCGUUGGUUUGAAUGUCAUUGAUGCAAACUUCUGCAUGAAAGGAGAAGACCUGGAUUCACAGGUUGGAGUUAUUGAUUUCUCAAUGUAUUUGAAAGAUGGAAACAGCACAAAAGGCAGUGAAGGAGAUGGUCAGAUAACUGCUAUUUUGGACCAGAAGAACUAUGUAGAAGAACUCAAUAGGCACUUAAGUGCUACGGUAAACAACCUACAGGCCAAAGUGGAUGCCUUAGAAAAAUCCAAUACUAAACUGACUGAGGAGCUUGCUGUUGCAAACAACAGGAUUAUUACAUUGCAAGAAGAGAUGGAACGAGUUAAAGAAGAAAGUUCUUACAUCUUGGAGUCCAAUCGUAAGGUCGCUAAAGACAGAACUGCAGAUGGGCAGGCGCUGACUGAGGCGCGAAAACAGUUAAAGGAGGAGACUCAGCUGCGGCUGGAUGUGGAAAAGGAACUGGAGGCGCAGAUUGGCAUGAGACAGGAGAUGGAGUUAGCCAUGAAGAUGCUGGAGAAAGAUGUCUGCGAGAAGCAAGAUGCUCUGGUGGCACUCAGACAGCAACUGGAUGAUCUCAGGGCCCUAAAGCAUGAACUGUCAUUCAAGCUGCAGAGUUCAGACAUGGGAGUGAAACAGAAGAGUGAAUUGAACAGCCGUUUGGAAGAAAAAACAAACCAGAUGGCUGCUACCAUCAAACAGCUUGAACAAAGAUUGCGGCAGGCGGAGAAAGACCGUCAGUUGGCACAGCAGGACAACCGUCUCUUCAAGCAGGAGUUUGGGGACAAAAUCAACAGCCUCCAGCUAGAAGUGGAAGAGCUCUCCAGGCAGCGGAGCCACCUUGAACUAGAACUGAAGCGGGAAAGAGAGAGAUGGUCACACGGUCACCACAGCAGCCAAGGAAACAAAAAAGGCCCAAAGAAUUGGUUAAAACCGGACGGGAAGCUCAAAAUCCAAGAGGAAAAUGCCAAACUGAAACAGCCCCUGAGAGAGGAAAACAGUGUCCAGCCACACAAGUUACAGAGUAGCACCCAGGAGGAGCAGGAACAGCCAUCAGGAACUGAAAAUGCUCAGAUCUGCCAGCUCUGCCAGGAAGAAAGCAGCCGAAGCAAGAAAAAGAAUAUCUGCAAGAACUGUGGUGGUAUCUUCUGUGAAGCCUGUUCAGCGAAUGAGCUGCCCCUCCCGUCCAGUAUUAACCCAGAGCGUGUCUGCAAUCCCUGUCACAAGCAACUCAUCCAGCAGUAUUCCACCAGUCCCUUGUAGGAGGCAGGCUGCAGAGUGCGGUGAGACCAGAAAAAUUGUAGCAGGUGACCAUCUCUGGAGUUGUCGAAGGAGAAUUUGAAGCCAUUUACCUGUGUUCUUUGGAGGGGGGAAGCAGCUUUGUGGUGUUUUAGUCAGAAGAGACUGUAAACAGAACAGCCUGGGCUUUCCCUGUACAAAAAUCUACCAGCUCUCUGACCUGGGCUUGUGCUGGAGUGAACUGCCUGAGGAAUGUCACACCAAGUGGCCAUAAGGUGUGAUCAAGCAGCCUCAGGAUGCUGAGAGAACAGAGCCCCCACCCGAGAGUGAGCUCUGUGUGUGCAAGUCAGGAGCAUGUCAAGUGAGGCCAUGCUGCUGCUAAACAAUGGCUCACUGAAAGCAAAACAGGAGCAUUUUUUAAUCCUCAUGUCUGGCUGCACUUGAAAUACCAUUUCCCCUUUCCCUGCUGUCUUUGACAAUCUGGCUCAACUGUUCUCCUUCAGUGCCAGGAGUCCAGGUAACAAUAUCAAAAAAAAAAAAAAAAAAAAAGCAUUUUCAGACUUCAUUUCUUUGACCCAGUCCUUCAGCAGUAGGCUUGCUAUGCAAAUCAUUAUUAAACAAAGCUGUGAAAUGAUUCUGUAUUUUUAGGGACUUUGGAGGGGAGCUAAGAUUUUCUUUUUUUGUGUGUGUGGGACGUUGGAGAACUGAGCCGCACUGAUCUGGCACAGAAAUGCUCAAGGGCAUCUCUCUCCUUCCUACUGGAGACCCUCACUGUGACUUCGUGACCACAAAAUGGUUGUCAAUCCAAAGAGCUGCAACAGAACCUCCUAUAUUGAUGUUCUGGGGGAAUCGGAGUCCCAAGGGUUUAGUUACAAAUCACCAUUAUGCAGAGGGUUUAAGGCCACGUCUCCACACCACUCUCCUUUGUGAACAUAAAAAAAAGUGGUUGUACUACAGCUGGUACUUCAGUGGAUUUGUGUUAGAGCAAAAUGAAAGUGAGAUGAACUCAACAGUGCUUUUCACCUGCAAGAUAUCCUGAUGCAAAACACAGUUUAAAAAGUUCUGUUUAUGCUACGUCAAUCUUUGUUGCUGUGACCUCAAGGACACAUUACUCCAAAAAGCAGUGGUGACUUGCUCAUAAAGCACGCACACAUCAUGCCAUAGUGUAUUUGGUCUACUUUGUACUGGAAGCCUACUUCAGUCUUUAGGGCCACAGAAUGUUUUGUAAACUAUAGAAAAUUGAUGUUAUUUGUAUGUGAGAGACAUUUGGCUUUCUACAAAUUUUAUUAGGGGAAAAGUAGUUUAAUUCUUCAGAGGAAUUCAUUACACUGGCUGGAACUGCGCUAAAAAGCGUAUCAGAACUGAAGUUCUUCACAUGGUUGGUGCUAGUUAGUUGGACCCCGAAAUUCUUCUCUUUCCUAGCUCCUUGUAGGGCUCAGUGUAUUCAGCUGCCCAAGCACUCCACCUCCUCUUAGUGCCCUUCAGAGACAGAGCACUAAACAGAAGGGAGCAAGCUCCAGAGUUUUCCUUUUUCUGCCCUUUGUGGUAAUUACCUUGCUGCUAUCCUUUGAAGUAGGCAAGAAAUUGUGAAUAGUGUUGAAAUUUGAGAAGCCUAGAAUUCAGGUGUGAGCAAACAGUGCUUUCACAGGGUGAGAUGCCAUUAGCUAAGGCACAAAAUACCAAAUGUAUUGUUAGUUCUGUGUACACAUUGUACACACUUAAGAAUUCCUGCAACCAAACUCAGAGUGACUUAUCCUACAGGAAAAAGUCUGACCCAGGCAAUUUCAGUGCUGGAGAAUUAAACUGGAAACCAGGCACUUACUGUGAAAUAAUAAAUUUAAUGCUGGUACAUCCAAGCAGUUUCACAGCUCUGAAGUGACAGCUUAUCUGUGACCUCUACAUAGCUUUCCACUGUUCCAGCAGGAGUGGCUGCUGCUCUUCUUGCUUGAAGUGAAGGCUGAGAUGAUCUUUACGUAGAAAGCAGGACAGUUCUUGAGCAGGUCCUUUACAGUUACGGUAUGAGAACAGCCCUUUACCCAGGCAGCUGAAAACCCUUCAAAAUAAGGCUCUGGUUGCUGUAAUGAAAACUGGCAUUUAGAAAAGUGUGAGAGCAAGAUGAUUGGCUGUCAGCUGCCUGUGCUGACACACGACUCCUUCCUGACUUCUUUGACUCAGUGAAGGGCUCUGCUUUUAAGUACUGGCUGUUGCGCUUUGUGAUGCUGCAAAUGUUCAAGGCCCAUUUGCUCAGGUACUGGUGGUAAUGCUGGAUUUUUGGAUUUACACCUGGACAUUUGGACUGGGGGGAGCAGAAGACAGUUUUUCUGAUAUUUUGUUCCACAAGCAAUAAUAAAAACUUUCUCAUCUGGA